GUUGGUGUCCACCUUGUCUCUCUCAGCGAUCGACUUUUAGUACUAGAGCGACAAUCUUGAUACAAUCUUCAUCUUGAUUGACUUGAGGACAAGGACAAGCGGCGCUUUGUUCUUUUGUUCGUAGAAGCUCAAGUUUGAGUUUUACUUUCACAUUACAUCCACAUUUUCUCUCGGCACGGGCACACAGACCGAUCCGCUACUCAGCAAGAUGGGAGCCGCAACUGCGCUUCUCGACAAGGUCGCUGACGUUUUCUUCAAAUUUUUUUUCCAAACCAUUCCGGCGUUUUUCCGCAAGAUUUCCUCUUACGAAGGAACGACCCGGCCCUUCACCGUGGAGUUUCUCUUAUGAAAGUGCACAACUCCCCCUCCCCUCGUUUGUCAUGCAAAAUUCCCAAUCCAACAUAUAUUGCCUCUUGGCACUGUUUACAUGACAAGUUCUUGUAGCCCAAAUAGCACUACACUCGAGUGCAAAUUUGUCAUGCAAAACCGGCAUAAUUCUUUUUCUUGCUGAUGCUUGUUGUACUAUUGCCGUUCAUCUUCAUGCUAUACAAAUGCGAUGGAGGGGGAGUUCUUGCGCACUCUCAUAUCUCUCUGAAACCAACCACAAGCUGAACGAUAUCAAGUUCAAAAACGAUUUACCAAUCAAGGCCCCGGAGUACGACAAGUCCGAGCUGGGGAUCUGGAAAAACAAGCGCGGCCAGAAAAUCUUCACGAGAACGAUCCACCCGAAGGGGGUACUAAGAGGUUCUAGUACAACAAACACUUCUACUGCAAGAAGUGACGGCACCACCCUGACUUCUGCAUCAGCACCGAAAGUUGUAGACCCCGAGCCGAACUGCUCUCAACAUUUGAUCUUUUUUCACCACGUAUGGAAUGCAAAAGUAUUGUGCUGUCGUAUAAAUGCAUCACAAAUUUCCUCAGCAUGAGAAAUAAAAUUUGUAAUGCUGAUUCAGCUUAAGAACAAGACUUGUAAUGCAUGAUUGCAAUACGAGUAUCAGAUGCAGCUUUUGCACAGGGUACCACGGCAUCCUCGGACAUUGCUCGCAGGCCUUGAAAAACCAGCAGGGAAAUUGCUUGGGGUUAUUGUCCCUUGCGCACUAUCCUCUGCAAAAGUAUCGUACUCGUAGUAAUCGCAGUCAUGCAUUACAAAUCUCGAUCCCAAGGCAAAACAGCAUGACAAACUCCAUUUCUCAUGCUGAGUGAAUUUGUCAUGCGAUUUCUACUAGUACGAUACUUUUGCAAUGCAUACGUACGACUUUGCGGAGAGCGGGUAUUCCUGCUUUCUCUACGAUGCGGUGGCACAUUAUGGUGGUGUCAGCAUUGAAAUCGACAAAGUUCUUGAAAUAGCUUGCAAUGCAUAAAAUCGAUACCAGUCGGAAGCCCAAUUUUCAAACGGCGCAUGACAAAUUUCGGCGCCGUUGAAAUCAAGUCUGUCAUGCUGUUUAGGGACAGAGCGCGUCUUUUGUCAUGCUACUAGAGCAGCUCUAUUGCAGACCCCAAACAGGCUCACAAUCGGUCUCGCUUGCAAUCCCUGCAAGACAGUCACUUCGUGCCUUGCAUUUUAUGCAUCACAGAUUAUUUCAACGUUGUCGAUUUCAAUCCUGACACACCCACACACAUGGGUAUUCUGCCGGCUAUUUCGCGGACAACACGGACGAUCGGGAAAAACACUACCUGCCGAAGUUCGAAGUAUCGCAAGAAAAAAGUGUUACAGUACACUACACAUUGUGUUGCAGGAGCCGCAAGACAGACGACCUUUGUCAUGCAGGAAAUGCUUGCGAGCCUCGCUUGUUCCUACGUAAUAUUUUCCUUUAUGAUCUUUGCAUUACAAGCUUUGGCUUUCUCUGCCACGCAGAGAAAAUUUGUGAUGCAGCAACUCCAAGAACAAAUGUGUAACUGUAACACUUUUUUCUCUACUGCAUACGAACACUGUAUCGACGACUACGAGGAGUAUGUGAAAUACUGUAUGAAAAAAUACGCAAAGAAAACAACGACGAAAACGAAAUUUUUCCUGUACGGAGAGUCCUGGGGCGGCGCGUGCGCACUUCAGCUGGGGAUAAGGUAUGGAAGUGCAAAUAAAUUUGGUACAUACGUAGUUGUUUUAGGUUUAUAUAUUGCUGGGAUGGUACAGCUGAGCUUCGCUGUCAUCCCGGUCAUUUACUCCUUCUACAGACAGUAAUUCUUUCUUUUUGUGAUGCACCAGAAAUCCAAUCUGAAAGUGAAAUAGAAAUAAAUCAAAUACCUCUAUCAGACUUCAAGAAAAGUCCCACCCGCUGCAUGCCCAGUUCGGCGGCGCCAUUCUGAAUGCGCCGAUGAUUCACUUCUCCAUGCCGAUCCUCCCCAUCAAACUGUUUCUCCGCCACGUCGCCGCGCCCCUGUUCCCGUAUGCAGUGCAAAAGUAUCUUCGUACUCGUACAAAUGCAUCACAAAUUUCCUCAGCAUGAGAAAUGGAAUUUGUCAUGCUGAUUUGCCUUGGCAACAAGAUUUGUAAUGCAAGACUUGCAUUUAUACGAAACGCGUACGAUACUUUUGCACAGGAUAUCCCGACGUGGCGACCAAUCUUUAUGCCCCACAACACCUCUAUCAAAUGUAAAAUGUCUGGGUCUGGAAGAUUGCCAGGCUUGUCAUGCACAUUUUGCAUGACUCCUGAUGUCUGAGUCUGUGAUGCAUGCCCUAGCAUCACAGAUUUUGUGAGGGCUUCCCAAUGCCUAUACCGCAUGACAAAUGCUCUUUCCGUGUAGCAAAGCUUGGACUUUCUUUGCUGCUCAUGCAAUACAGACUUUUUUUGGAAUCCACAAUCAGCAUGACAAGUUGAAUUCUUCCAGACCCAGACAUUUUUACAUAUCCACGUAGUUCUCUUCUCUUUUCUUUCUUCAAAAUGUUAAAGUCGUUCUCUUCCCUGUGCAGACAAAACACCAGACAUUUUUACAUUUGAUAACCUCGGUCGACAAGCUGUCCAAAGACCCCGCGAUCCAGCUGCAGGUGACGGAAAAAAACGCCUAUGGUGGGGAAAACAAUCCGCUGCGGUUAGGGACCGCGUUGCAAAUGGUGAGGCAAGUGGAAGUAUCCUGUGCAGAAGUAUCGCACUCGUAGUAAUCUUCGCAAUUAUGCAUUACAAAUCUAUCUUGUUAAGGUAAAUCCGCAUUACAAAUUUAAUUUGUAGUGCUGAGCCAAUUUGUAUUGCGAUUUAUACUAGUACGAUACUUUUGCAAUGCAUAGGAAGACGUGCAGAGAAGUUUGAAGAAGGUGAAAUUUCCCUUCUUGCUCGUCUCUGCAGAAUAUGCAGUGCCAAUAUGUAGUCCUCUGGGAACAAGGUUGCAACUUGUGAUGCUGUCUCUGUAUACUAAAAAGAUCUGUAUUGCAUGACCAGCAAGAAGGGGAGUCCAGUUUAUACCGCGCGUUGGAGAGAGCAUUUCUCAUGCGGGAUAGGCAACAUCAGGAAGCCUUCUAAAAAUUUGUCAUUCUAGGCCAUGCAACUCAGACAUCGAGGGUCAUGCAGAAUAUGCAUGACAAACCUGGCAAUUAUCUUCCAGACCCAGACAUGUUUGCAUUUGAUACAGAUAACGACGCGGUUUGCCUUCCCUCCGGUGCGCAGGCGCUGAUGGAUUCAUCGAAACAUAUGAGAGUGCACAACCCCCUCUCCUUCUCAUUUGUCAUGCAAAUUCCCAAAUCCACCAGUCCGUCGCUGCCUUGUGGCACUGUUGGCAUGACAGACUCCGGAAGCCCAAACAGUAAUACAUGAGAUGCGUAAAUUUAUUGUCAUGCACAGGGUCCAAUUGUGCUGGUGUUUCUAUUGCCGUUCAUGCUAUACAAAUCCGGGGGAGGGGGAGUUGUGCACUCUCAGAAGACAGGUUUCGGAGAAAAACAAAAAACUUGUGUGGAUAAAGUCCGAUGAGCACAUGAUAACUGUGAACUCAAAAUCCUACUGGAAAUUACUGCCGCAGUGCUGCUUUUUUCUAGAUACGCAGACCGGUAGUUGAUAAUGUAAUGGUGGAAAUUAGUUGUACAACGCGAACGCGUUGUCAAGAGCUCCAGCUGCUGCACUCGUAAAGUUGUGGACCGCCUCUACUAUAGCAGUAUGUGCGGAGGUCAAGUUUCCCCUUAGCUUUUGAAAACAUUCGCCGGACGAGCAGCUGCAGCUCUUACAGCCCCGAGCACGCUCUCGCUCCACCACCGUCCG